AUGUUACCAAUUUAUGCUAUGUUGGCAAACGCAGAUCUAUUAAACUCGACCCAAUGCGGCAAAGAACUGAAGGAUUUUCGAGAAGCUAUUGAUCAAAAAAUACUCUGGGCUCUAAAAGUACUCGAUGCAAGCGGUGAGCCAAUGUCAGGAUUCGUUUAUGGAAAUAAUUAUUGGUUGGGUAGCAGAAGCCAAUGCGAAGAUGCAAACAACAAAAGUCCCUUCCUGUUAACGGAAACGGAAUUACGAAACAAUUCGAGAUAUCGUCGCAUAGAGGAUGAAUUUCCACCGUACGAAGUGAAAUACUUUGUAGCUAAUUUUCGACACAAUAGCACUUUGCAAUACCACAUCGUAUUACAGGGAGAAGAUUUAAUAACACUCGGCAUGUGUUUACCCGCUUCCUGUUUGAAGGAUCAACUUUCAAUUCUUCUCGAAACCGUAUUCCGGAAUAGAAUUCUUUUAAUAGGUCAACUAUAUUCAGCCGACUUUACAUUAGUUGAAGUAAAAGAUCUAAUCGAUGACCAUCAAUGGUCAUUGAAUGAAACAUUUAUUACGAUGACGAUAAUAGUGGUACUCACGUUCCUAUUAAUGAUAAUAGGAACGGCCUAUGACGUUCUGAUAUAUCAAAGACGUUUGAAAAAAUAUUACAAAUAUUUUCAAACUAAUGCAAAUAUUAAUCCUCUAGCGAUUGAUAAAGAACAAACGCUACACGAGGAUAUACAAAAUGAGAUGGAGAAAUUGAGAUCCCUGAAUUUUGUUUGUAAAGUAUUCCAAGCUUUUUCCGUAUACUCGAACUCGAAAAUAAUAUUUAGUCAUAAGACUGGGGAAAAUUCUGUACUGAUUAUACACGGAUUAAGAUUUAUUAUGAUAGGAUGGACUAUUUUGGCACACACGAUCUUUUUUACGAAAGAGUAUUUUGACAAUAAGCCGACGGCUUGGAGAAAGUCGGAGGGUUUCUUCGCCCAAUUGAUAACCAACGCGCCCAUAUCGGUUGAUACUUUUUUUUUUCUUGGUGGAUUUUUGCUUGCUUACGUAUAUCUAAAGAAUGAAAUAGGGGGCAAAGAUAAACGUAAACCUUACAAUUAUCUAAAUACAAUAAAGUUAUAUUUUCUGAUUCUCCUGAAAAGGUUUCUCAGACUAACACCGACAUACAUGAUAGUAAUAGGAUUAUUGGAAAUAAAUGCAACGUGGUACAGUAAAAUUUCCGUGUUCUAUAUGAUCGAACGUCCACACGAAACUUGCUCAAAAUAUUGGUGGAGAAACCUUCUUUAUAUUCAGAAUCUUUUUAACAGCCAAGAAAUGUGUAUGAGUUGGAGUUGGUACUUGGCGGACGACAUGCAAUUCUUCGUGAUUAGUUCUUUCCUCUUAUUAUUAUCUUCCAUGUACUUCAAAGUAGCAGCCAGUCUGCUCGGUCUAUUGUUUAUGUCAUCGAUGAUUCUAACAGGCUAUAUAGCCUACAUUAAUGAUUAUAUUCCUACAUUGGACAAACAAUACAAUUUCAUAGAUGAGCUAUACUUUCCUCCAUGGGUUAGAAUAGGACCUUAUCUUGUGGGAGUGAUCACUGGGUAUAUACUUGUCAAAUUAAAGAACAAAUUAAAUUUUAAAAAGAAAACAUUAAUACUCUUCUGGAUACUUGGCAGUUCUUGCAGCUUAUUAGCACUUUUUGGAAUAUAUCGAAGAAGGAUAUCAAUUUUAGCUGCUACCUUUUACGCUGCUCUCGGUAGAACUAUUUGGGCAAUUGGCAUCGCAUGGCUCGUAAUAGCUUGUUCUACAAAUAACGGAGGUAUAUUGAAUCGUAUUCUUUCGUUCAAAGUUUGGAUCCCGCUAAGUAGAUUGACUUACACAGUAUACUUGAUAAAUCCAAUUCUUAUAACUUCUAUACAGUUAUUCAGUGAAACUUCCCGUCACAUUGAUUUUCUAAUAAACGUUUGUAUCCUUUUUUAUUUUUAUUAUACCGAUAGAUUUAUAUUCAAUGGAAUUAAUUAUAAUCAUUUUUUUUUGUUUUAUUUUUCAGGGGGUGUCAUUUCUAGGAUACAUCUUUUAAGUUACAUAUGUUCUUACGUAUUAUCGUUAAUGUUCGAAACACCUUACAUGAUUUUGUAUGGUCAACAUAAAUUGCAUCGUGACCCGAAUUGA